AUGACAGAAGGACAAACCAUAGAGGAAAUUGACAGACAACUCUGCAUUGCUUAUGAAGAAGACAUGUCUGAAGUUGGAUUGGAUGACGAACAACACAGCCCUAUUGGACAUAACCUUGGGAUUCCACUUGAGCAGAGCGAGAUAAGCAUGACAGUUGAAGAGACACAAACACAGCCAUGCAACAAAACAAAGGCACUAAAAAGGAAGAGGAUACAAAAUGAUACACAAAUUUUGACACCUAGUGCAUCGAUUGAUCAAAUAGAAGUUGGCAUUUUAUUCAAAGACAAAGAUACCGUGAAAAAGUGCAUGAAUAACAUUGCAAUUACUCGUCAUCAACAGUACAAGGUAGAAAAGUCAUGCACACAACGGUAUUACAUCAGGUGUGUUGAUCCAACCUGCAUUUGGCAUUUCCACAGUUCAAGGUUCAGAGGAUCAGAACUUUUCAAAGUAGUUAACUUUGAAAAGAGACAUAGUUGUUCAAUAAAUUUCAUCACCUCUGACAUGAGGAAUGCAACUUCAAAAGUCAUAGCGGAAUACAUUACAGACCUAGUACACCAUACACUACAAGAGAUAACACCCAAAUUUGUCAUUGAAGAAAUGAGAAGCAGAUAUGGCUUGCACAUUGGUUACCACAAAGCAUGGUGUUCCCUCCAACACGCUUAUAAUGUCAUAAGAGGAAGCCCAGAAAAUAACUACACACUUCUACCGAAAUAUCUUCACAUGAUGAAAUUAAGAAAUCCUGGAACAGUUGCUAACAUCAAAUGGACAGCUGACAAUAAGUUUAAAUAUGCUUUUUUCGCGUAUGGAGCAUCAAUUGAGGGUUGGAAACACUGCAGACCAGUAAUGAUGGUGGAUGCAACUUUCUUGAAAUCAAAAUACCGCGGUGUGCUCAUGAUAGCAGUAGCAAAAGAUGGAAACAACAGCAUAUUUCCUCUCGCAUUUGGUAUUGCUGACUCUGAGAAUAAUGAAUCCUACAGGUGGUUCUUCAGACACGUGAAAAAGGUGUUUGGCACGCGCAAAGACCUAUCAAUUCUUUCCGAUCGCCACUCGUCAAUUUUUUUGCCGGGGAAAAUGGCAAAACAAAAUUGGUAUCUCAAAGACUACAUCCUGAUCUAG